AUGCACACCAACGGAGAUGCGUUUAUGGAAGAAGAAUCAGAAGGCAUGCAAAGCCCGACGAAUCCUGGACCAGUGCGAAUACGCGCGUCCACUGCCGCCAGAUUUGCGACAGACAUGGCUAGGUCGAUGGGGUAUCAGGCUUUUUUCUGGACGCGCGCCAACAGGAUCAUGGGCCAAUUCCAGCGGGAAUCCGGGCAGUUCUGCCUCGACAUGGUUGCCGAAGAUGCCAACUCUCCAGCGGCGGAAAUGUUUUCGCGAGUCACAGACAAGACGAUGACGAUGGACGAAUUCACACAAACAAUCGACGAGAUCCUCUUUGCAAACAUUGAUGUUACCGCAGCAGUCAUCGCCUGGACGUUGAUUCACAUUGCUCAGACCCCUGGUGUACAGACUCGGCUUCUCCAAGACUUUGUAACGCAGGAGUCGGCGACGAUGAAGGCGGACGUGCUCUUCUCCGACUACAUCUGUGCUACCGAUACGAUGCUACACUGGACGAUCAUGGAAUCGAUGCGACUCUCGCCACCGACGUUCUUCUCGCUUCCCGAGCAGUCAGGCCAGCACAAGGUGCAACCUGGUGGAGGAGCACUACCGGCUGGGACGCCCGUCAUCAUCGAUGCUUGGACGCUCAACCGCCGCAGCGAGGUGUGGGGAAGCAACUCGUUCGAGUUUGACCCGACUCGUUUCCGCGAUCUCAAGGCUUCCGACUACCGGUACUCUCUGUGGCGAUUUGAAAUGGGGCCACGCAAUUGCGUUGGUCAGUUCUUUGCGGACAAAAUCAUCAAGAUGGCUGUAUACAGUGUUCUGAAAAGGCUCUCGACCCUGCUCGACUCUGCAGCAAUGGCUACUGGCGGCUUCGACACAGAACUUCGACACGAGCAAUCAUCUCACGUCCGCGCACACGAACUUCCGGAUCCCAUCGCUGCCACCGAGGCGGCCUGCUCUUGUCGAUAUGAGCAGGGCAAAUUUGGCGUGCGUAGAAUGCCGCCGCCGCAAGGUGGCAUGCACCGUGACAAGCGACGUCGCAUCGACGACGACGCCCAGCUGCCUGCACAUUCUGUUUCGAGCACUGCGUACAGCAUGCCAUCACCGUCGUGGCACCACUCGGACUCUGAGCUUUGGGCAGAGCCCCAGGUUGUGUCCUCUGGCUUCGCACAAUCUGCUCAAUCGGGAAGCGCACAUUCGAGACAAGGGCCCAUCUCCAAUAGCAGUCAUGGCGUCAACCCUCAAUCCACAUCCAGCAGCGGCUUGCAACUGCCUGUAUUUUCUUCGACGAUUGUAGAGGACCCUCUCUGCGGCACCAUUCCUGACGCGAUGAACGAUACCUUCUGGUGGUUGGCAUCCCAGUGGCAAUCAUCUUCAACGUGCGACUCAUUAUCCAGUUUGCCCGAGUGGACCAACACUUUCAACCAAACAGACUCGACACACCAAUCGAUCCCGAACAACGCCUCUAUCGAUGCAGACUCUCUGCGUCUCACCACGGGACGCAAUGGCCGCGCGCAAGUCGAAGAUGCUACGCCCCCCUUCUCUGCUCAAGGCCGAAACGAGGCAUCUGCAGAGCUGCAUCAUGCCUGCAGACGCUGUCUGCCAGAACGAAGCAGGUGGCCGACACUCUUGGUAGUGUUGGAAAGGCUCUGUCGCACGGCGCAUGGUGGUUCCGAGGCAGAAACAAGCCCCUUUCUAUGCCUUUCAAAGCUGCAAGAACAGCUCGAGCUGGACACGGUCUCGGCGCAAGAUGGCUCGGCAGGUGUCCCCGAUCAUUCCGAGCCCUCUUCCUCCAUCCAGCCAGAUCCACUCCGUUGCGCUUGGACACUGGCAGCAAUCUGCCUCGCCGAGUCGAUUCUGGCUUCGUCGCCGAUCGAGCUCCCUCGCAAUCUAACCCUAGAGGAACUCGAUCAUGAGCCAGACAACACCGUUCUGCGCUUUACAGUCGCUUGGGAUCACUGCCGAAAAGGCCUCUGUGGAGAUCCGAUCGAAGUGAUGCAGACGUACCGCAUGAUGUCGCUUGCUUUCUCAAGAUGCCACCAGGGUCAAGAGCUCGCUUCUGCGUCCGUGUUUCUGGGCUGCAGAGCAGCAGCCACGUUGUCGAUCCACCGCGCUGCGACGAUCGCCCAUCUAGGUUCGUCCCUCCGGCAGCAACAAGCGCUAAAUGCCUUCUGGCACCUCGUCAGCCAGGGCUGCCACUUCCAAGCCUGGCAAGGACGAGACAUGCCCAUCGACUUGGCGCUUGUCGAGCUGCCCAUGCCGGAUCCGAAGGCCAGCAUCCAACAAGAGGCCGAUUCGGAAUCAUCUUCGCACACAGCAGCGACUGCAGAGAGUCCAAGAUCGCAGUUUCUGUCCUCAUCACCCGUGUUCGUCACACGCAUCUGGACAAGCGUUGCAAUCGGCCAGACCAUCGAGCGACACUACCGACAAGGAGCAAGACUGUUGGUGCCUUGCGAGACCCGCUUGGAGGUGGCGACGCCCAUGACGACCAGGCCGUCGCAUCAAGAACAGGUUCACGUCAAGCGAACAGCCAAGGCUCUUGACUUUUGUGGUUCGCUUUUGCAGACGCGCGAGCCAGCAAGAGCCGAUAACAGAGAGUCGCAGCUCAAGCGCUUCGUGCUCAUGUUGAUGCGCUACACCCGCGUUCUGCUGCACUAUCCGUUCUGCCGUGUUGACAUCGACCAUCGCAAGGCAGCGCAGGAGAGCAUAUCGGCGACCGUCUCUACUGUACUUGGCACCCUACUUAGCCUCGGAGCCAAGGAUGACGACGACGAAGAAGAAGAUGGGGAGGAAGGGGAGGAAGAAGACGGUGGCGACGACCUGAACGGAGCCAAUCAUCGUAGCCGCGAGCUUCGCGGCAGUGGUCAGGAUGGCUCGACUCGCUCCGAUGCCCACGGCGCUAUUAGGCCAAGUCUUUUGUCGCUGCGUCCCUCAUCUGGAUCCAGACCGGUCUCGCUCACUCAACCCGACCUGGCCCGCUCGGCCAGAGUGGACAGACACCUGCUCGAACUGUUGGCCGGGUUGAGCCUGCGUGCGCUCGUCUUCACAUUGGCAUUGAUCAAGCAUCCGUUGCUCCCUGUCGCUUCCGACUCUGCUUCGAGCGCAGACGACAGCGAGAGACAGAGGUCCGAUGCGCUGCUCGCGCUUGGGGCCUUGGAACAAUUGCACCAGCACGGCGUGGUGUCGCCCCCUCUGCUGCGCAAGGCUCGCAAGGCUGCGAGACUCGGUGGCGGGAUUUGA